AUGGUCAGCUACCGAAUGAUUGCCGUUGCCGGCUUCUUCGCCUCCGGCAACGCCCUUCCCCUGAACAUCAACCUUGGUGCCUACUCACCCGCAUUGGUGGUCGGUGAUGGUGAAAUCUCUUUUGGAGGAGGACAAGAUGUAACGAGCUUGAUGAAUGCUUUGGAGGGUGCCGCUGUCAGUGGUGCAACAAGCGCUGCGGGAACGGGGACAGAAAGCGCCGCCGCGGUCGCUACUCCCGACACCACCAUUAAGGAUGAGACCGUCGCCGCCCAGGAAGCCGGGCAGGACAAAACUGUCGCAGCACCAGUCGCUACCACGACUACCACCACCGAAGACCCCAACCUGCAAGAGCAAGCUGCUCAGAUCUCAACCCUUCAAGGGAUGGGCAAGGAGAUUGCCCCUCGCGAGGACUCGGAAUCGCCCGUGGCCAAGCGUGACCUUGAAGGCUUUGACCACGCUCUCACAUUCGCCGAGGCUGCCCUGACCAAGGGACCCACCAUUCAGCUCGGGACUGGCGAGGGCGGUGCUGGCGUUGGCAUCAUUGUCGACAACAACGGUGGCACUGUCGGAGAAGGUACCGAGGCCGCCACCGCCGCCGCCACCGUCAAGCGUGACGACGCCUCUCUGCCCCGCCGCCGAACCAAGGUCACCCGCAUGUACGUCAAGCGCGGCAUCCCAGCCUCUGUCCAGACAUCCAGUGAUUUCGAAACUCGCACUGUCGAGUCCCUUUCCGUCGUGAACCUCCCGGGUUUGCCCAAGCGUGAUGGCGCCGAGGCCAUCGACGCCAUCAACUUGAACGUUGCCGGCGAUGAGGGCAUCACCAUGACCUUCCUCGAGACGGGGGAUGAGGAAGACUCUGCUCAAGAAGUCGCGGCGAUAGAGGAGUAG